UAGAGAAAAAUGAUUCUUGGAAUCAUCUCAGCCCAUAAUCUAGCAACGCAAUCUAUCUUAGUUUCCCUUUCAUCACAAUUUCCUUCCCAAACUAUCAAUAUGAAGUCAUCCAGAAGCAAAGUGGUAAGAUUAUGUAUGCUAAGAGAUGACCCUGAUGAAAGCACAGAUCAGUAUUACCAGAAAAUGAUCAAACACAAUCCUGGAAAUGCCCUGCUUCUCGGAAACUAUGCUCGAUAUCUGAAAGAGGUUAGAGGUGAUUUCGCCAAAGCCGAACGGUACUGUGCACGAGCGAUUUUGGCAAAAGCUGAAGAUGGUAAUGUACUCUCUCUUUAUGGGGAACUAAUAUGGCAAAUCAACAAGGACGCCACCCGAGCUGAGGGUUACUUUCAUCAAGCUGUUCUUUCUCAUCCUGAUGACAGUUACAUUCUUGCAGCCUAUGCAAGAUUUCUGUGGGAUGCUGAAGAAAAAGACGAAGACAAUUAGCAGAUUCAGCAGCACAAAAGACCUCAAAAAAAGAAGCUUAAACACAAAUCCAUAAUGACUUAGCACAAAGAUGUGUUGCAAGAAUAAACAUAUUAAAUAACAAAACAUUGUUCCAAAUGCAAACUACACCAACUUGAUCAAUAUCAGUCCUCCCCGUAGGCCCAUAAGCUAAUUUUAUGUAUUAUAAACUACAACUGGUGUACUGAGAGAAUCUCAAAAUUUACCCACAACCACAGUUCAAUGGCAGACCACUAAAAAGAGUACUUUGUAGAGUAAUAAAUUCUUAAGAAUAAACAACUCGAAAUGCAGUGAUCCGACAAUCCAGAGAAAGUGCAAAUGCAGACGAUUAAGCGACCAGACUGGCAAGUCUAAAAGCAAGAACAACCAAACCUCACCAAACUAUGGACAAACUGCUUCAUGACUUCGUUCAUAUUCAUCUUCUGCUAAGCCAACACUUCGUGGAGGCGACUGAGUCCAAGUGCAACCGAGCUUUCUUUUCAAUGCUGUAUUACAACUUCAUGCUCAACUGGGAGCUUCACUAUUCCUCGACAAUAGGCCCGUUCUCAACUCCAAUUUGAGUUUCACCUGUGUCAGAUGUUGAAACUUCCUCUUCAGCAUGAG